UCAUCCUCCCCUUAGACCUAAUACUUCCCUUAGCCUUUAUAUCAUUCAAUCUUUCUGUUAUCGAUCAUCCUUCCACAAUGAAGUGCACCACCACCGCCCUCUUUUUCGCGCUAUCGCUCUCUGCCGUAACGGCCACGCUCCAUACCAGGUGUUACGACUACUUCCUGGCGAAAGACGGAUGUGUCUUUUCUGCCGGGGAGGAGAGCCAAAGAUGCGCUGCCCCGAAAAAAAGGCCAUCUCAGCCAGUCAAGGCGUUCGCCAUGAACCCCGAGGUCUCAAAAGCCAAGCGCAGUCAAAUUCCUGGCUUGGAACGCCGAUAUGAUGACACUCAACCGAGCUUUUACGUCUCCGGUGGUAAUGGUACCUGUGGUCAUUACGACACCAACACCCAACUCGGUGUGUGCCUCUGGAAUGGAGCCGAGCAAGACAACCCGACCGCGGAAACUGCAGGAUGGCUUAACGGCGACCAAACCGCCAAUUGCGGGAAGCAAGUAUAUAUCCAGCGCAAGGGGCAUCCCGAAACAGUUCAAUACGUGAAUGUUCUCGAUGGAUGUUAUUUUGAGGCCAAGACACCUGAGCCGGGAUGCUUCGAAAUUGGGAUCACUCUUGCGCUCUUCAACAAGUUGAAUCCCACUUCUCAAGAACAACAGGAUGGCUACAUUUACGAUGGAAUUUCCUGGGACUUCAACAAACCCAACAACACCGCAACCGACUGGUCCCCAGUCUGAGGAAGUCUUGCAGAUCCUGGGUGCACAAUAUCACGACUCAUCGUCAUUGGGAAUUCGGCCCACCAUUCUUUUCUUCAGUUUCUUUCUUUUCUGACCAUCUGUACAAAAUCCUUCAACUCGUUGUUGUAUCCCCUGCUAAGUUUUCUCAUCUUUGUUCAACCACCCAACUCGCGCCAAUCAAUGCAAGC